AUGGGUUGCUCUCAGUCUAAGGUGAAGAAAAUCCGAAGCACCAAACGGGAAAACCCGGUAACACUCGCCGCAGAAACUGUUUUUAGUGUUAGUGAAGUCGAAGCACUUUUUGAGCUAUAUAAGAUCAUCAGCAGUUCGUUGGUUGACGAUGGGCUUAUUAGCAAGGAAGAGUUUCAGUUAGCUCUGUUUCACAAUAAUAAGAAAAACAUUUUUGCGGAUCGGAUCUUUGAUUUAUUCGAUGCUGAUAAGAAGGGAGUCAUUGAUUUUUCGGACUUUGUUCGAGCACUCAAUGUCUUCCACCCGAACACCACACGAGAGAAAAAAAUGACUUUUGCAUUUAAACUUUAUGACGUUGACAGAACCGGUUUUAUCGAACGUUACGAGGUCAAGCAAAUGCUGACUGCGCUUCUAAGUGACGGUGAAAUGAAGCUAUCUGAUGAAGUCAUCGAGGCAAUUCUCGAUAAGACUUUCAUGGAUGCCGACACUGAUGGGGACGGAAAGAUAGAUAUAAACGAAUGGAAGACCUUUGUAUACCGUAACCCGUCGUUGUUGAAAGUCAUGACCCUCCCAUACUUGACGGACAUAACAACGGCAUUUCCGAGCUUUGUUUUCAAUACCGAAGUAGACGAGGUUUCGCCGUGGAUGGAGAAAACGUGCUAGGGUUAGCAUAUUCGAUUCAUUGACCUGUUGAUUCGUCGACGUUGAGCGUCUUUACGAGAAGAAAGAAAUGCCUGGAAUGUUUUUACAAGGGUAGCAGGUAAAAAUAU